AUGGGCGUCCUGGAAUCUAAGGGAGACAGCUCCAAUGUGGUGGUCGACGUGGAAAAAAUCGGAUCGGUAGACAAGUACUACGAAACUACCGGUUUCGAAGAUUUCAACGAUAAGCUCGACGUUGAAAAGUAUGGUCAGACACAAAGAAAGUUAUCCUCCAGACAUGUCAGUCUUUUAAUCAUUGGACAAUCGGUGGGUACUGGUUUAUUCAUCGGAUUGUCGUCGCCUUUGAUGACCUCCGGAUCGUUGUCGUUGUUCUUGGGGUUUAUCGGCUUUGCCUGUCUCGUCAUCUGGCCAUUGAUGCAAGCCGUUGGUGAAAUGUGUUCCUUCUUGCCCAUCAAGGGAACCUUUUUGCACUUUUCCGCCAGAUGGGUGGAUCCUGCCCUUGGUUUUGCCUGUUCUAUCAUCUAUUUGUACACCUCGUUGAUGUUUAUUUGUGUGGAAGCGGUUGGUUUUGCAUCCGUCAUCAGUUUCUGGACCGAUAUCAAUCCGGGAGUGUUUAUUGCCAUCGCCCUUGUGUCUUACUUCGUGUUCAACAUUUUUGGUGUCAACUGGUAUGGGGAAAUCGAAUUUUUCUCUUCCAUGCUCAAGGUGCUCUUGAUUGUGGGUCUCAUGAUCUUUGGCUUGGUUUCCAUGUGUGGAGGAAACCCUCACCACAACGCGUACGGGUUCGAGCACUGGAAACAGGGUGGGUUGAUGAAGGAAUAUCUCGUGGGUGGAAACACUGGUAGAUUCCUCGGGUUCUGGAACGUGUUGAUCUAUGCUGCUUUUGCUUGCGGUGGCCCCGAUUUGUUGGGAAUGGUUGCGGGUGAAAUCGCCCACCCCAGAAAGAACAUUGCCUUGGCUGCCAAGAGAGCGUAUGUCAGAAUCUACUUGUUCUACUUCGGAGGCAUUUUCUUCAUGAACACCUUGUGUGCCUCCAACAACCCCAUUUUAAUUGCCUCUCACGAAUCCGGUGCAUCUGGAGCCGCUGCUUCGCCUUGGGUCAUUGGUAUCAAGUCUGUCGGCGUCCACGGGUUGGACUCGUUGGUCAAUGUUUUGGUGAUGUCUGCCGCGUGGUCCUGUGGUAAUGCCUUCUUGUACGGAGCCACCAGAACUGCCUACGGAGCCUCGCUUGCAGGGUACUUGCCUCGUUUCUUCUCCAAGUGCUUGAAGAAUGGUGCUCCCAUCUACUGUGUGAUAUUUUCGCUCUUGGUCGGGUGUUUGUCGUUCCUCAGUAUCUCCAACUCCACAGCCGAGGUGUUCAACUGGUUUAUCAACUUGGCCACCACCGGAAUCUUGUGUACCUACUUGUGUAUCUGGUGGUCGUACUUCAAGUUCAGACGGGUGAUGGCUGCCCAGGGCUACGACAUGUCUAGUCCAGACUACCCAUACUUCACCGCCCCCUGGUUUGUGCACCCAUACAUGACCUACUUCGGGUGUUUCUUGAACAUCGUGAUCUUGUUUUUCAACGGGUUCUGGAUCUUCUUCCCUGGCCAAUUCUCGGUCGCCAACUUGUUCACCUCGUACUUUGCACCCGUGUUUUUCGUGGUGUUGUUCUUCUUCUGGAAAUUGUUCAAGAGAACGCACUUCAGGACCAAUGCCGAGGCCGACAUCACCACAGGAAAGAAGGAGAUCGACGACGAGGAAGAGGAGGAGAUUGCCCGUGAGGCUGCUACUCCAAGGAGACUGGGGCUCCUUUUCAAGAUCUACUACAAGGUGGCCGACUUCUGUUUCAAUUAG